AUGAACCAGACUUCAGACUGUUUGGCUACUCCAGGCCAGACUCACUGCUAGACUGACUGACUCCAACUACACUCUUAGGGUUAGGGUUAGGACUGGUUCAGCAGGGUUCCCCUAGUGGCCAGGAGGGAACUCUACAGGCUGUACGAACCAGACUUCAGACUGUUUGGCUACUCCAGGCCAGACUCACUGCUAGACUGACUGACUCCAACUACACUCUUAGGGUUAGGGUUAGGACUGGUUCAGCAGGGUUCCCCUAGUGGCCAGGAGGGAACUCUACAGGCUGUAUGAACCAGACUUCAGACUGUUUGGCUACUCCAGGCCAGACUCACUGCUAGACUGACUGACUCCAACUACACUCUUAGGGUUAGGGUUAGGACUGGUUCAGCAGGGUUCCCCUAGUGGCCAGGAGGGAACUCUACAGGCUGUACGAACCAGACUUCAGACUGUUUGGCUACUCCAGGCCAGACUCACUGCUAGACUGACUGACUCCAACUACACUCUUAGGGUUAGGGUUAGGACUGGUUCAGCAGGGUUCCCCUAGUGGCCAGGAGGGAACUCUACAGGCUGUACGAACCAGACUUCAGACUGUUUGGCUACUCCAGGCCAGACUCACUGCUAGACUGACUGACUCCAACUACACUCUUAGGGUUAGGGUUAGGACUGGUUCAGCAGGGUUCCCCUAGUGGCCAGGAGGGAACUCUACAGGCUGUAUGAACCAGACUUCAGACUGUUUGGCUACUCCAGGCCAGACUCACUGCUAGACUGA